GCGGCUGUAACUGUGGCCGCUCGGCGCUCGGCGGGGACUCGGGCCGGGCCCUGCGUCCGCUCCCCGCGCAUCGCCCCGCGCUCCGCUCUGUGCCUCGGGCUCCCCGCCCCGCCGCCGCCCAUGGCUGACCUGAGCUUCAUCGAGGAUUCCGUGGCCUUCCCGGAGAAGGAGGAGGAUGAGGAGGAGGAAGAGGAGGGCGUGGAGUGGGGCUACGAGGAAGGUGUUGAGUGGGGCUUGGUGUUUCCUGAUGCUAAUGGCGAAUACCAGUCUCCCAUUAACCUAAACUCAAGAGAAGCUCGGUAUGACCCCUCACUGCUGGAUGUCCGCCUGUCACCAAACUAUGUGGUCUGCCGAGAUUGCGAAGUCACAAACGAUGGACACACCAUUCAGGUGAUCCUGAAGUCAAAAUCAGUUCUUUCAGGAGGUCCAUUCCCUCAAGGGCAUGAAUAUGAACUGUAUGAAGUUAGAUUUCACUGGGGAAGAGAAAAUCAACGUGGUUCUGAGCACACGGUUAAUUUCAAGGCAUUCCCCAUGGAGCUCCAUCUGAUACACUGGAACUCCACCUUGUUCGGCAGCAUUGAUGAGGCUGUGGGGAAGCCACAUGGAAUUGCCAUCAUCGCUUUGUUUGUCCAGAUAGGAAAGGAACAUAUAGGCCUGAAAGCUGUGACUGAAAUCCUCCAGGAUAUUCAAUAUAAGGGGAAGUCCAAGACAAUUCCCUGCUUUAACCCUAACACGUUGUUACCAGAUCCUCUGCUGCGGGACUACUGGGUCUAUGAAGGCUCUCUAACUAUUCCGCCAUGCAGUGAAGGUGUUACCUGGAUAUUAUUCCGAUACCCUUUAACCAUAUCCCAGCUACAGAUUGAAGAAUUUCGAAGACUGAGGACACAUGUUAAGGGGGCAGAACUUGUGGAAGGCUGUGAUGGGAUUUUGGGAGACAAUUUUAGACCCACUCAACCACUCAGUGACAGAGUCAUUAGAGCUGCAUUUCAGUAGCCAGACAACAGGAACAAGUUUUGUCUUCCUCUGGGAAGAAGACAAUGAUCCUACAGUGCUCUUCAGUGAGCAAUGGAAACUUUGAGUGCAACUUCAUUUUUCUCAAAGCCUGCAUUGUCAUCAUCACAUCCAGCUCUGAUGGACUUCUGUAAUAGUUGUCUGUACAUAGGCUCUAAUGAAAUAUUAGAAAUGGCUGUACAUACAGAGAAAACCCUGUACUAUAUAUCUACAUCACUACUGCUAGUAUUCGUAUUUUUGCAAUUCUGUGAUUGCUUAUGUGUAGAAGAAAUUAAACUAGUUUUCAGCAUUAUCAAUGUGAAUACAUAUAAUUUAUUGAUAUUGAGUCGGGAAAAUAUAUUACCAAUAAUAGCAGUUCUUCAUUCUUGUCUCCAGCACCAAAUUCAUUCAUUUGGAGAAUAGUUUUAUCAUUGAUGUUAAAAUUAAGAGUUUUGAUCAAUAAGAGUAUACAGCUUCAAAAUGCGAUGUGAAGAACUAGUGAAAAUCACAUUGCAUUAUUUUUGACAUUUGUAUACAAUUAAUUUCAGAAUGAUUUGCUAUUAUAGAAAAUGAUUUGGAAGUUAGUGCAUGAAAAUUAGACCUUAUACAUUAUUUUCUUAGUUAAAUAGUUUUAUCAAAUAUAUGAACCUAAUUAUUUGACAUAAUUGUGGUUCCUUGAAGGUCAAGAAUAAUAUAGGAAAUGAAAAAUAUUCUGUGGAUUCCACUGCUUGGGUAUAUUGAGACAUUUCUUUCUAAGAUGACCAGUAUCUUUAUUUAAGUUUUAUUGGCAAGUCUAAAGUUAGCGUUAGGUACAGCUCGAUGUGACUGAGUGGAAACAAUUGAAAAGUAAAGUGAUUGACACAAGACAAGCAUUUAAUAAAGACUGUUGUGGUUUUUAUUGAUUGUAAAGCAAAUGAGUUCCAAAACAGGGCUCCUAUUGUGAAGAAUUUUGUGAUGUAAAUAACCUAUUCGAAAUACAGAUAAUGCAGGUGGAAAGACUGUGUUUCCGAGAUGUGGGUUGUGUUGAGUAGGACUGAAAUAAUGAAAUAAUGCAAUAUUCCAAUCAUCCUUGCAGACAAAAGUGAAGGAGGUUCAUGAGUACUAGAAUGGGGCAAGGAGAGUAAGUACCACCCUGUUGUCUAUUAAAAAAGUGGCUUGUGCAGGCCACGAUGUGUCUAUUGACCAUACACCAUAGCAGCAGCAGGCAGUGUGCCUAGGAAGCAGAGAGACUCCCUCUUGCUAUUUUUAUAUGCACAAGUAAAGAAGUGGAAAAAUAUUGCUUUUAGAAAUGGUGACAUGUCAAUAAUUUUAUGAACUAAAACUCAUCCUUCUGUCUGCCAAAUGUUGCAAACGACAGAACUCUGAAGCCUGUCGCCAGGGAGAGGCCUGCCACACAACACUGCUGUGCUCUACUGGUGGACCCUGAGCUCAGGCCAGGGGACAGCGGCCCACAGGCACCCAGCCUCUGCUCCCUACAGGACCGUUGGGGAGUGGCCAGAGAACAUUCCAGGACUGAACUUCUGAUGCUUCUAAUAGUCUCCAAACAUCCGUGUCUGAAAAGUGAAAAGUAAACAUGAAAAAAAUGAAUUCAGAUGACUCCAGUGAAUUUAAACAAUUGAAAUAAACUCAAAUGACUGACAGACAU